AUGAUACUUCUUAAAUGUUCGCCAUUAUUGAACACUGCUUCUCAUCGAUUAUUAUCAACAAUAAAAUUACCUACACUUUAUGAAACAUUAAAAGUUAUUGAAAUUUUGCCUGAUGUUUUUGUUCAGCCUGCCGAAACUCUAUUCGUUUAUCCUUAUCGUACAAGUGUAUUCGGUGGUCAAAUUAUUGGUUCGGCUAUUUAUGCUGCUCAACUAACAUUAACACGAAAUCAUCCAUUGCAUAGUCUUCAUUCGUAUUUUCUCUCAGCAGCUGAUAAUUCAUCGGCAAUAACAUACAAAGUUAAACGAUUACGUGAAGGCCAUUCAUUUCAAGCACGCAGUGUUACAGCUCUACAAGACGAUAAAAUUGUGUUUGAAUGUGAAAUGAGUUUUCAUAAGAAAGAAAAAGGAAACUUAGCACAUCAACCAAAGAAAAAUAGAAUUGUUGUUAAUUUUCCUAUUCUUGGUCUUGUUCCACCUGAAAAACUUCAUUCAACAAGAGAACGUUUCCGAAGUCUUCUUGAUGAUCCUCGACUACCAGCUGAAUUUCGACCAUUCGUUGAACUAGGUCUUGAUAUGCCUACACGUAUAGAUAUUAGACAUUGUCAUCCACGAGAUUUACUUACACCGGCACCAGAAUGGCCAGCACGACAACUUGUUUGGAUCAAAGCUGUUGAACCUCUACCCAAUGAUUCGCAUUUACAUCGUUCAGCUGUCGCUUAUUGUAGUGAUCGUGUAUUAUUAACCUCUGCUCUCCUUCCCUAUGCUGUUAACAUAUUUAGUCCACGCAUUAAAAUGCAAGUAUCGCUUGACCAUUCAAUGUGGUUUCAUGAUGAUUUCGGCUUUGAAACAGCAUCUGAAAUUGAUGAAGCAACACGUGACGACGAUUCAACACCAAUCGAACGAACGACUGGUAUUCCGCCUAUUCCACCUAAAAACCCGGUUCGUGCUGACGAUUGGUUACUCUAUGAAUUAGAAUGUCCGGUUGCAAUGAACAAUCGAGCAUUAACAUUUGGACGAAUAUGGACGAAAUGCGGACGACUAAUAGUAACAUGCGCACAGGAAGGUGCUAUUCGCUGUUAUUAA